GGGAUGCCUCGCGUUCCACGAAUAUACUAAACUCUGCUUUCCUAUGACAGAAGACGAAGCAAGUGGUCGAGACGUAGUCAGUGAUUACGCGGUCGCGUCCUCGAAUCCUUCUGUAUUAACUCGACAUAUUCGUUAUUCUGUUAUCUUGUGUUAUCGAGAAUGAGCACAGAUUGGAAAACCAUUUUCGUGACCGGCGGUGCCGGUUACAUCGGUAGCCAUUGUAUCGUCGAACUUUUGGAAAAUGGGUACGAUGUUGUGGCGAUAGAUAAUUUUGCCAACAGCGUAACAGAGGGUUGCGGCGAUUCAGCAGCUCUCAAAAGAGUCGAGCAAAUAACGGGGAAGAAGGUCACCUUCUACAAUUGCGAUCUCAUCGAUCGAGAUAAACUUGAAACGGUUUUUAAUAAGCACAAAAUAGAUUGUGUGAUCCAUUUUGCGGCCAUAAAAGCGGUUGGUGAAUCGAUGCAAGUUCCUCUUCACUACUACCGAAAUAAUAUUAUCGGUGCUAUCAAUUUACUAGAGGUAAUGAAAGCUGCUGGAUGUUUUCAAUUAGUUUUUAGCAGUUCUUGUACCGUAUACGGAGAAUCGAACGAACUUCCAAUUACGGAGGAACAUCCGACCGGUAACAUUACAAACGUAUACGGUAGAACAAAGUAUUUUAUUGAAGAGAUGCUUAAAGAUAUAUCGAGAGCUGAGAAGAAUUGGAAUAUUAUAUCUCUAAGGUACUUCAAUCCGGUAGGUGCUCAUCCCAGUGGCUUAAUUGGAGAGGAUCCUACAAAACCAUUUACGAAUUUAAUGCCAUAUAUUGCUCAAGUAGCCUUGAGGCAUAAACCCGAAAUCGUUAUUUUUGGAGGCGAUUAUCCUACGAAAGAUGGCACAGGUAUACGUGAUUACAUUCACGUAAUGGAUUUGGCAAACGGUCAUGUGGCGGCUUUAAAUGCAUUACACAAACGGCACUUGAGGCUAAAAAUUUAUAAUUUAGGUACCGGCAAGGGUGUGUCUGUGCUUGAAUUAAUUAAAACAUUCGAGACCGUCACAGGAACAACAGUACCAUAUAUUAUAAAAGAUAGAAGAGAUGGCGAUAUAGUGUCAAUGUAUGCUAAUACAGACUUAGCAGAGAAAGAAUUAGGAUGGAAGACCAAAUAUAACGUCGAAAAGAUGUGUGAAGAUUUUUGGAGGUGGCAAACGAAGAAUCCGCAUGGCUACCGUACUAUAGUUAAAAAUGGUGUUAGCGAGCAUGUAAAUGGCACUUCAUAAUAAUAUAAUUCGAUUAUUCUUGAAGCAUAAUUAAUUUAUGAUAAUAAUAAAAAAAAAGUAAUA